UUUUCAAAUUCGAAUACCUUUCGUUCGGACUGUUUUGUUUUCGAACAUCUUUCAUUCGAAUCAAACCAAACGUCAAACCCACUUUGUUUAUGAAGGAGUGAAUAAUUUCCGCAGCGGAUGAGCGGUGAACUGCAAAAAUGGAAAAAAACAAAAACAAAACAACCACUAAAAAUCAGUUCGAGCGGAUUGUGCUGCUUCUGGAGCAAGAGCCGGACAUAGCAAAGGGUUUCUCCCGAGGAAAUUCCGGACCCUACUGGGAUGAUCUGGCGGCAGAAGUCAAUAGUUUGGGACCGCCUAUUCGCGAUGGAAGUGGAUGGAAAAAGGUUUGGGCGGACUAUAAGUCCGGAUUAAAGCGAAAACUCGCUCACAACAAACGGGAGCAGAGGGCGACAGGUGGAGGACCCAAUAAAAUUAUCAAUUUGUCCGAGCUGGAGGAGCAGGCAGUUCUACUAACUGGGUUACUUGCGACCGUGGAAGGAAUCCCGGGUACCUCAUCUCAUGGAACACAGUUGGGUUCGCCUUCGGGUGAACCUCAAGCUGCAGACCAGGAAAAUUUUAUAUAUUAUGGUACUUCCGACGAGUGUGACGGUAUCAAUAAUACCAUUCACUUCCAGCCCUCUCAGCCGAAAAAAUCCAGACCUUCUACCACGAGGCUAUUAGAGCUGCAAGUCGAGCAACAAAACAAAUUUCACACCAAUGUGAAAUCCCUGUUAAAAAACACAAACAAGAAUUUGAGUGAUCUGGUUCAUUAUCAGCGCCAAUCAGCUCGAGCGAUUCUUUCCGUGGAUGCCACACUCAAAGAACAUCUGAGUGAACAAAAACGACAUAACCACGAGAUGGAGAAGAUCGCGCUGGAGAAAUCAAUAGCGACAAAUCCUUGAAACGCAGAUUGCGUAUAUUUCAGAACAUUAGAAUAAUGUUUCAAAAUAUCAGUGAUCUGAUUUUUUAUCUUUAUAUUGUAACUCAAGUAUAAAAAAAUGAAAAAAAGUUCUAAUCGUAUUUUUAUAUCUUUCCAUGGAAGAAAAAUCUUACUUAAUUUUUUCUUUGAAGUUUGUUUGGAAUAGCAUCAAAAUUAUAUAAACUUUUUUAAAAUUCACGAAUUUCGCCUAUAGUUUAUGGAACUUCCUUAACCCCUUCACGUACAACAUUGAACUUCACUCGUUGUUUCUCGAUGUGAAAUAAUUACAUAGCUUCAGGCAUAUGAUGAGGAUACCGACAACUGAAGAUUAUAAAAUUUCCGUUAUUUAAAAAAAAAUUGAAUGAGCUAAAAAUAUAAAAUAUAAUUUGAAUAUUAUAAUUAAAAUAAAAACGAACGAGUUAGUACGUAGUAAUAACUCCUUCGUUUUUAUUUUAAACACAACAUGUAUUUGCUCAUCAUAGGGCACCCAUGUUAGAUACCCACACUCAGCAGAGUAGCGGAACGACUCGAAGUGCUCGUUUUGGGCCGUGCUGUUGGAAAUUAAAUCGUACAGCAAGGGGUUAAAACAACGCAAAAAGUAUUAAUAAUGGUUAUUUGAAUACUUGGCCUGCUUACGAGAAAUCGAUAAUGACAUGUUCUCAAAGUGUUGGCAGGAAUAAGAGUAAAUAAUUCUGCCGAAACCAUAGUUAAGUAAGGAAGACACUUCCUUUUCCGGUGGUUGUUAUUUAUUUGAGCAUUUGCAAACAAGUUAGAUGAAAUUUAACAGUCAUAAAUAUUAAUUUAAACAAAAGUUUAUUAUGUAAACAGCUGCAUAACAUAUUAUAACUACUGAGAACGACCAAAUUCUAAGCAUAUAUUGUGAAGUGCACAGCAUACAUUUAUAA